AUGCUCCAGCAGAACAACAACAACAACUACCCCUGUCUCAACGUGUCGGGCUCCACCCGGGACAUGCUCCAGAAGUGCUCCAGGGCCUCGCUGCCCUUCCCCAGCCGCCUGGAGCUGGGCCUGGGGGACCUGCCGCUGAUCCGGGGCCUCCGAGCCUGGGCGCUGUGCUCCAAGAACCGCCACAAGGCCGGCGGUCUGCUGGGAGGAGGGCAAGCCCCGACGGCGCCUCCCCCGGGCCGCGGGACGUCCUGCCCCCGGCCUGCAGACGUCUACCUGAGCGGGGAGUGGGGUCGCAUGGGCUACGGGAUCCCCCUGGGGCUGGACGCCCGGCAGGCCGGGAUCGGAGCCCUGGUGACGGUCGCCACCCUGAAGACCUCAGAGGGCAGCGGGAAGACGCAGACCCAGUGCCUCUUCCUCCGGACCGAGAAGGGGAGCUGUCUGUACUCGACGGCUAAGCCCGGCUCUGGAGGGACGGCCGGCGUGGUCGGCGGCUGGCUGAGAGGGAAGACGGGAGGAGGAGGCAGAGACGGCGGGCCGCCGGCGCAGACCGGAGCAAACCGGGUUAGAGUGCGAUCGGGCCGGAGGUGGAGGAAGUCCGGCAGCGCAGAGAAAACAGGCUCGAGCAGAGAGAGGCAGCAGAGGAGCAGCUGGGAGGAUCCGGCCGCUGAAGAAAGGCAGGAAGAGCGAGACAAAGGAGGCCCAGACAGUAAACAGUCCUCCAGCCCACAGCAGCACUGCAGGGGAGGCCGGUGCUGCCACAGCGCCUCUCCUAAAGCCUGCACUCAGUGUGGACCAGGGCCACAACGGAGGGAGAGCCAGGAUGAAGCAGAAGGAGGAGAAAGUCCCUCAAACAGACAGGGAAUGAGGAAGAAUGAGGAAGAGGAGGAGGAGGAGGAAGGCCUCUGCAAGUCCUCUGACUGUGUUGUGGCCGAACUAAAGCCUGACCUAGAAUCCACCGACUCCCACGGCAGCUGCCACGUCGGAGAAGCCGAGAGCGACGGAGGGCCGAAGAAGACGGAAACCUCCUGCGGCAAGGACGACUAUUCAGAGAGAGACGAGGACGAUGUUGUGAAAUUACACGCCGGAAGCGGCGGUUUGGUCUCUGAGCCGGAGACCGAAGGCUUCGAAUCGAAGGACGUUAACGACGGACGGCCAGGUGAGGACUCCAGCGAAGGAGCAGCAGCUGAUGCAAAUGGAUUUUCUGAUCAAGAAACGGAGAAAGAGGAAAACAUCAGUGAAUUCUCGGCUGCGUCCGGCUGCUGCCAAGAUCCUCCUGCCUCCUUGACUAACCAGUCCUCCGACGCCACAGAGGGCAGCAUCUGUGCCGCUGAACAGGAAACUUGUUGGGUUCAGACUGUUGGAGAAGCAGAUGUUGGCGCCACGGAUCCAAACUUUGACACUGUGAACGAAGACGCGCCGCCUCAGAUCGCAGCUUCAUCUCCUGCCGGCCUCGAGAACAGCAGCAGGACGGUUGAGCCGGAGGAUCCAGAGGAGAGGCUGAACCCCGACGAUGAAGGCGAGGAGGUGAGGAGGAGGAAGAGCGCCUCCGAGAAGCUGGACGAGGGUAAUAAUGAAGGAGUAAAGAGAGAAUCUGAUGAAGUCGAACCAGACGGAGAGACCGGCACCGACGGCACCGAUCCCCCCGCCUCCGGUGCACUCCGGCUGGCUAAUCCUGCCCCUUCUCUGCCCCCGCUGGGAUCCAUGGCAACUGGCCUGCCCUGUCUGGAGGCGGAGGAGGAGGAGGAGGAGGAGGAGGAGGUGGUGGUCAGAGCGGCGGCAGGAGACGAAGAAGGAAAGCUGGAGGAGAGGGGUUCCACCGUGGCCGCCGAGGAGGAGGAGGAGGAGGAUGAGUUUGGCGUCUUCAUGCAGGCGGAGGGGGAGUCGGCCUGGAGCGAGGGCUUCACCACGUCUGCGUCAGUGCCUUGUGGGAGCAGAGAGAGCGCUGCUGUUGAUCACCAGGCCGGAGCGGCGGAGUCGCCCCAUUGGACGGCCGGCUGGAUGGACGGCUCCUUCCACCAAUCGGACGACACCUGGGCGGCCUUUCCUCAGGACUCGUCGGACGAGGGGCGAGACGUCGCGGAGCAGUGGUGGCCAAGCAGCGCCGUGGAGGAGCGGCGAGACAGGCUCUCGACCAAUCAGAAUCUGGCGGCCGUCUUCGCCGAAGCCUUCCCCCGGCUGCCCGGCUCGUCCUCCAGCGACUCCCGUGACCUCGGUGCCGUUCCCACGCUGACCCAGCUCCUCCGGGGCAGAACCAGCCAGGAUCAGGGGCUGUUGGACAGUUUCCACGACUUGAACAAGAUGAUCGGCCGGCGGUACAAGAGAGCCAACGGCGUUUCCCGCGACCUGCUGCUGAGGACGCUGCACCUGGAGCAGCCGCAGACGGAGAGCCGACCUGCUUCCUGGACGGCCAACCGCCGCCUCUCCCCCGGCCUGCCCUCGGCCAAUCAGCACGCUCACAGCGCCGCCGCCAAGCGACGGCUGUCGUACGACUACAACAGGAACAUCAUGGAGUAGCCCGGGCGGCUCCGGUCGGACUGAUUCUGGUCGGCUGGAGGGCUGCAGGUCCGAACACUUUCUCUGACCCGCCGCAGGUCGACUCUCUGCUGCUGACUGCGACAGCGACUCACUUUGGUUCACGCCGUCUCCUCCAGCUCCCGUCGACGGACUGUUUCAACCUCACGUGUUCAACACCUUUUUAACCGAACCCCCGUCCUGAGUUCCACCCGGAGAACCACAUGCUGUCCAGACGUUGGGGGCGCGAUGAGGCCCGGCACGAGGUUCUCGCCACCACGCUGAAGGAGCUUUAGCUUUUACUUUGCAGCAGAAAUUGACACAAUCGUGGAAAUAUGAGCGAAACAAAAACACAAACUUGCAAGAAAUAGUUGUAAACCUACAGUGCAAACUUCUGUGGCCCCCUUGUGGCAGAGCGAGGAAUUACAGUGACACUGUUAACG